ACAUGUAAUUGAUGAUGGUUACAUGACUGAUGAUAUUGACAGUGGGGCAGAUGAUGAUAGUGCUGAUGAGAGGCCACCAGUGAUCAGAUUUAAUGAAGGUGAAAAACUAAGAAAAGAGUUCCAAUUCAAGGUGGGAAUGGAGUUUGCUUCUCUAAAGCAAUUUAAGAAGGUUGUGCUUGAACACAAUGUGUUGAAUGGUAGGGAGGUGAGGUUUGCCAAAAAUGAUUUAACAAGGUGUAGGGUUGUUUGUAAGGACAAAAAACAAUGUGACUACACAGUCUUAUGCAGUAGGGUUUUGAGAACAACAACAUUUAGGAUCAAAACUCUAUAUGCAAAGCACAAAUGUGGUAGGAAGUUCUUUAACAAGAAUGCUAAUGCUGAUUGGGUCUCUAGGGUAAUUGUUGACAAAUUAAAGAACAACUCAGGUAUGAAAUUGAACGAAGUUGUGGCUGAUGUAAGACUUAGGUAUUCUACUGAAAUUACUGGGUGUAGGGCUUUUAAGGCCAGGCAGCUAGCUAGAAAGGUUGUUGAAGGAGACUCAGCCAAGCAAUACAGUAUGCUUUGGUCUUAUGGAGCUGAAUUGAGGAGGGCAUCAGUAGGAAAUACAUUUAAGCUGAAUAUUUCUGGAACACCUCCAAGGUUUGAAAGAUGCUACAUGUGUUUUGAUGGAACUAAAAAAGCAUUGAAGGUUGGAUGCAGACCAUUCAUAGGGUUAGAUGGAUGUCACCUCAAAAACAAAUAUGGUGGGAUCUUGCUGAUUGCUGUUAGUAGGGAUGCAAAUGACCAAUACCUUCCUCUUGCCUUUGGAGUUGUGGAGACUGAAACUAGAGACUCUUGGAGUUGGUUUGUUAAGUUACUUCUUGAGGAUAUUGGCCAUGAAAACAGAUGGUGCUUUAUGUCUGACCAGCAGAAGGGACUUGUAAGUGUAUUUGAGGAAGAGUACCCUGAGUUUGAACACAGAUUUUGCUUGAGGCAUUUAUAUGCCAACUUUAAGAAGAAGUAUGGAGGUGGUACACUAUACAGAGAUCUCAUAAUGGCUGCAGCAAAGGCCACCUAUUUUGAAGCACAUGAAGAGAAAAUGAACCAGAUUAAGGAGGUUAGUUUAGAUGCUUAUGAUUGGUUAAAUGCUAUACCCAAACAUAAGUGGUGUAAGCAUGCAUUUCCAUUUCACUCUAAGUGUGAUGUUCUGAUGAACAACCUAAGUGAAUCCUUUAAUGCUACAAUUUUAAUGCAAAGAGAAAAACCUAUUAUCACCAUGUUUGAGUGGAUUAGGAACUAUCUCAUGGGGAGAUUUGCCACUCUUAGGGAGAAAGUAGAAAAUUACAAGGGAGAUAUCAUGUCAAAACCCUUUAGGAGGUUAGAUAGGGAGAUAGAAAAAAGUGCAAAUUGGUUACCAACCUAUGCUGGUAGAUUAACCUUUCAGGUCACACAUGUUAUGUUCACAGAUAGCUUUGUUGUAGAUUUAUCAAAAAAUACCUGUUCUUGUAACUUUUGGGAUUUGGUUGGUAUCCCUUGUAGACAUGCAGUUGCAGCCAUAAAUAGGAAAGUUGAUGAUCCCAUUAAGUAUGUCCACAAAUGUUAUCAUAGGGAUACAUAUUUAGCAUGCUACAAUGAAGUUAUCACCCCUAUUAAUGGCCAAAAUAAAUGGCCAAGGACUUCUGACCCAAACAUUUUGCCACCUAGUUUUAAGAGAGGUCCAGGUAGACCCAAGAAACUCAGAAGAAGAGAGCCAGAUGAAGCUUCUCAAAACAAAUGGCAAAGGACAAAUACAAGUCACAGGUGUAAGACUUGCUUUGAGUAUGGACACAACAAAAGGACUUGUAAGAAAAAUAAGCAACUAGCAUGUGUUCAAGGAGAAGUGCCAAGAACUGUUGCAGCCACCCAAGGUAGUCAAACUCAAACUGCACCAAUGGAGACAACAUCAAAAAAAAGGGGUGUGCCAAAGGGAACAACUAAAAAAGGAGUCCAGAAUAAGAAAAGUAAGAAGUCUAAUGUUGCUGCAAAUACUGUGCCUGACAUUGCUGCUAGUAAUACUGUGCCCCAGCCAGAUGUUGCUGCAAGUACUGAUGUGCCUGAUCCAGCUGUGCCUGAUCCAGAUGUGCCUGAGCCAGAUGUUGCUGCAAGUACUGAUGUGCCUGAUCCAGAUGUGCCUGAGCCUGAUGUUGAUGCUAACAAUGUUGAUGCAAACAAUGUGCCCCAGCCUGCAAGUACACAAUCUUCUGCUGAAGCCAUGAGAAUGUAUUGUGGUAUAGACCCUGAUGAGCUUGAAGCAUUAUUGAAUGAUGAUGAAAUCUUGGAUAUUCAACCAUUGAGUGUUGAUGCAAGUCCUGUGAAGUCAAAUAGGUCUGGCCCCAAAACAUCUGCUCCCAAAACAUCAGGCCCCAAAACAUCUGGUCCCAAAACAUCAGGCCCCAAAACAUCUGGUCCAAAAACAUCAGGCCCCAAAACUUUUAUAGGCAAAUGUCCUAAGGCACCAAAACCUACUGUCAAAAGCUUUAAGGUUCCAAGGACUAAGUCACCAGCUCCUACUGCCAAGACUGUGGAAUCUGAUCCUGUGAAAGCAAUGAUAUCACCAAGGAAAAAGACUGCUGUUGUUACAUCUCCUACAAGAAAAAGUGACAGGCUUAAUACAUUAAGGACAAAAAACAUAAUGGGGCCUGGAAGGGAUGCAGAGGAACCACUUGUAAUUCCUGAAGAUGAUGAAGAAGAAAGUGUAGGCAGUGCUAUAGGGUCAAGCAAGUGGGAAGACAUCCAAAGGAACAUGACUCAAUGAAGACCUAUUAUCUUUAUGUAUUUUGAUUGAAACUUAUAAGCAGUGCUAUUUUGAUUAUGUACUUUGUUUUGGUAAUGCUGUAUUAUUAUGUACUUUGUUUUGGAGCUUUACUUUUUGGUACUUUGCAACUACUAUAAUGGAGCUCCACUUUCUAUGUGAUUUGCAACUUAAGUAAUGUGAUCCUUAUGUUACAUUCA